AGUGCUCGAAGGUAUAAAAGCGGGAGCAGCCCAGACCACAGCCAACAGUUCCCAUUGAGCGAUCACUUCGAGCAACCCUCUCAGAAAGCAAAUAAAAAGUCCAAUUCCAGUAUGAAGAACGCUGUUGCCAUCCUGCUGUGCGCCCUCCUGGGUCUGGCCUCCGCCGCCGAGUACAAGAUCCGUACCGCAGAGGAUCUGCAGAACGCGCGCAAGGAGUGCGCCGCCAGCAGCAAGGUGACCGAAGCCCUGAUCGCCAAGUACAAGACCUUCGAUUACCCCGACGAUGACAUCACCCGCAACUACAUCCAGUGCAUCUUCGUCAAGUUCGACCUGUUCGAUGAGACCAAGGGCUUCAAGGUGGACCACCUGGUGGCCCAGUUGGGCCAGGGCAAGGAGGACAAGAACGCGCUGAAGGCCGACAUCGAGAAGUGCGCCGACAAGAACGAGCAGAAGUCGCCCGCCAACGCCUGGGCCUUCCGCGGCUUCAAGUGCUUCCUGGGCAAGAACCUGCCCCUGGUGCAGGCCGCCGUCCAGAAGAACUAGGAUGUGCCGCGCAGUUUCACGUCAAUUCUAGAACCGCAAGAACAAAUCGCCAACAAGGCGGAAUUUCCGAGUGAAUCCGCUCAGGCUCUGCAAUCCUACAAUUGAAAUAAAACCAUAUAAUAGUGCUUGAAGGAA